AUGCCUCUCCUCGGCGGCAAGGGCAACAAGUUCAAGGUCGACCCGCCCAAGAUUCGCAUCGAAAAGGUCACCAUCGAGCGUCCCGCGCCCAAGCCCAAGCCCAGGCCACAAGCCGCACUCUCCAAGGCCUCGUCCUCCUCCUCACGCUCCCCCUCCGUCCACCGCGCCUCUCCCAAGCCCGCCACUCCCCGACAAAAAAGCCAUUCGCCCUACCCAUCGUCGUCCUCGGACGAGCGCCGCCUCGACCGCAAACGCAAGGCCGGCGCCACCCCGGCCCGUAAGUCCCCCGUCGCCGCCGAGCGCGUCACCUUUGACAAAGAUAGCGACAAUGACAACGAGGACGAUGGCUGGAUGAGCCUCGACGCCCGCAAGCGCCCACGCAACCACCAGCAGGACCUCGCCGACCCCAACCGCCACCUCCGCGACGUUGACGCCUACGAGGAGCCUGAGGCCGGCCUCAAGUUUGUCCACGCCGUACACGUCGCCUCGCUCGAGACCAAGUGCGUCCCGGUCAUGGGGGCUCAAAAAGAGGAUGUUGCAAUAGAGAUACAAUAUCCCAGCCCCCAGCCCAGGGAAAGAUUCGAACUAGUUUGGGGCAAAGACAAGAUUGACGCGGUGCAGGCUAGUAUCCGCAUCGUCCAACUUGUUGCCGAGACAUACCUCACGGAAGAAGAGGCCGAACCUUUUACCAACCAAAACGGCGGCCUCAUUCGACGGCUCGAAAAGGCCUCCAACAGAAAUAUUCAGGAUCUCGCCGGCUUCAAAGCCGCUAUCCACGAGUACAACCAGACCCUCCAGAACCUCGUCGAGGAUGGCAUCAUCUCCAAGAACCUCGAUAAGCUACACGAACUACCCGCCCACCUCGUCGCCUUCAUCCUGGACCAAAUAUACGACCGAACAGUCGCCCCUCACGUGGAGCUACUUUCCAAGUACGAAAACGGUACCGAUUUCGUGUACGGCGAGCUGCUGCACCCCUUUGUCACCAAGCUAUUGGUCGAGCAGCUCAAGAUGACAUCAGACCAGGUCUUUGUCGACCUCGGCUCCGGCGUCGGCAACGUGGUGCUGCAGGCGGCGCUAGAGAUUGGCUGCGAGAGCAUCGGCUGCGAGAUGAUGGAGAACGCAUGCAAGCUGGCCGACGACCAGAACCGCGAGUUUCGGUCGCGAUGUAAGCUGUGGGGUGUCCUACCGGGCCGGACGCACUUGGAAAAGGGCGAUUUCCGUAAGAACGCGGUGAUUCACGACGCCCUGAAGCGGGCCGACGUUGUGCUCGUCAACAACAAGGCCUUUACGUCGCAGCUCAACGACGACCUGGUGCGCAUGUUCUUGGACCUGAAGAGCGGGUGCAAGAUCAUCUCCCUGCGGUCCUUUGUGGCGGACGGCCACAGCAGCCACAACAUCAACGACGUGGGCACUACGAUAUUGGAUGUGGAGGAGUGCGCGUACCCAGAGGGAUUCGUCAGUUGGACGAAUGCAGGAGGGCCGUAUUAUAUUUCCACGCGAAAGUAG